CUUUGUUUUUAGUUCUUUGUGUAUGAUUUUUCUUUCUUUUUUUUUGUAUAGAAAUUGAACUGAAGGAUAAAUGAUAGGAUUAAAAAAGAUCAUUUUGAGAUAAAAAUAUAGAUCUAGAAAACCAGGAUAAUGGAAAGAAGAUGAGCUGAAUUAUUACUUCAUAUACUCAAUUUCUUACUCACUUUAGGCUAUCAUUAUCUUUUUUUGGGGGGUGGGAAGGUGAACAGAUGAGGAAAGAGAAAGUAAGUGACAGAAGGAAACUGGAAAUUUACCUCUAUAGGGGAACAGAAAGAGUGGGCUGUGGGAGAUAACAGUAAAAAACAAUUUAUGGUAGGGACUGGGAUGGGGGUGAAGAGUAGAAAAUUAUCUCUUCUUAAGAAGGUGAAAGAACAUUUUGAAGUGGAGUAAGGAAGAACAAUUCUGUUAUGAAGGGAAGCUAAUGUUUAUGGCAAGUGAUAGGACCUGUCUUAUAAUGUGUUUUGUAUGGAGGAGGAAUUUUCAUAUUUUCACUUUCCAUGAGAGAAGAUUGUACUUUUGAGGAUUUUCCCCACACUGCAGCAGAAGUAUGAAAUCAGUCUGCAGCCAGUCCCCAAAGUGGUAAAAAAUGAUAUUGGACCAGUGGUAAGAUAAUCUGGCAUUAGGAAUGGUAGAAGAUAAGUAUAGGACUUCAUGUCUCAACACAGGGAUUUCUACCAUAUGACACUACUUACAUUUAGCAUUAAUUCUUACAUGAAUUGAUCUUCCCCCUCCCCCAAGGUGAGGUAUAGCAGAAGAAAAGGAAGACUGGUUAAAAAUCUAUAUAUCUAUGUUGAAAUGGGAUAGAAUAGUAAGUUCACAUUUUGUGCUCUAUAAUAUAAGGAUGAUAUGAGAAAUUAAGCCUUGUUAUAUUAGUUUAGAGAUAAGUAGAGAAGCUGACUUCAGAAAGAAUUGGAGUUUUAAGCAGAGCUAAGACAGUGUCAGUUUCAAAUGUUGACAAUUUAAUGGUUUUUUUCUGUGGCAGUUACUCUCUGUUAUUUGGAGGGAUUUGAGAGUUACUGUCUGGGAGGCAGUUAGGAGUUUCUCUCUCUCUCUCCCUCUCCUUCUCCCUCUCCCUCUCCCUAACUUGGUUCUUUCUGAGACUCAACCAGUCAGACUUUGUUAUUUUUAUAACUUGAAGAUGAAGUUAAGAAUUAUAAGGAUAAUAGUGUUAGUUUAUUUAGAAUAGUAAAAAUUUGGGUUAGUCAGAUCAGGAAGGAUCAAUAUAGCCUGUGGAACAGGAGAAACCCAGUUUAUUUGGGUGAAGUUAGAAUCCCUUAGAAUUAGAAAUCCUUUUUUAUCUUUAUAUUUUCAAUAAAUAUUUUAUUUUUUUGUAACAAGAGUCUCUUUAGUGUCCUUGUGCCUGGCCCUGAAGAGAAGUUAACUUAUGAGCUUCACUUCAUUUAUAUAAACUGAAGAUACUUUGUAAGUACAGCAAGCAGAGUAUCUAAAUCAGUUUAUAAACUAAUAAUGAAUCUAUUGCUUUAUUAUUUUUACAGUUCACCUUUUAUUUUUACAAUAAACUAGCCUCAUGAAGGACUAGUAAGGGUAUUACUCAGAUUUGGAGACUAGAAUACAAAAAAGCCUGAAUGAAAAGAGAAAUUAGGACAGGCCUAUUGAAAGGAAAACCUAUUGAAAGAGGAUACAGUAAGGAAUAUUCCUUUAAAUAAGCGGUUGAAGGAGAGAAGAAUUGAAGAUUUUAGAAGCAUAUGCUUAACUGGACAAAAAAAGAGAUCAAAAGAGGGAGGGAAAAGGACAACUUUUAAAGAAAUUAACAAUUUAAGAAGAGUUAAGAAACUUGAGCUAGAGCAGAUUAACAGAUGUGAUGAGGGGCAGGAAGAGACUGAGUAUAGACUAGAGUCAAAGUAUAGUAAGCAAAACUAAUUGUAGGGUCAAAAUGUUCUCUUAAAAUAAUACGAUAAAAAUAAAUAUAAAAGCAACAUGCCUAAUAAUCACAACCUUAAAGCAUGUAGGUUCUCAUCAACUUUUACCUGGACAAUAAUUUUCUGAUUAGCCUCCCUUCCUCAAGUACCUUCCCUCUCCAGCCUGUCUACCACUCAGCUGCUAGAGUAAUUUUUCCUAAAGUGCAGAGCCGAUUGUCAGUCUUUUACCCAGUAAAUUUCAGUUCUCAAUUAUUUCCAAGGUUCGGAUGCAGAAUUCUCUGGCAAUUGAAAGCCUUUACAACAUUGUUCUGGAUUUUUUACUCUGUUCUGCAUAGUCUAUGAUCCAGGAAAAUACCAGCCUUCUUACUGUUCCCUUGCACAACACACUCAUGUCUCACUUGGGGCCUUUUCACUUGCUCUCCUUCUUACCUGGAAUGCUUUCUCUCAUUUUCACAUCCUGGCUUCCCUAGUUUCCUUCAAGACUCAGCUAAAAUUCUCCCUUCUGUUGGAAGCUUUUCCCGGCAUUUUCCUCUUUCUUCCCACUCCAUUCCUUCUGAAAUUACCUUUGCUCUGCUCUGUAUUUAUAUUGUAUAUACAGAGUUGUUUCAGGUUGUUGCUUCUAUUAGAAUGUGAGCUCCUUGAGUGCUGGAACUUUGGUUUUGCCUUUCUUUGUAUCCUUAUUGCUUAACAUAUUACCUGGUAAAUAUUAAGUGCCUAAUAAAAGUUCGUUAACUGGAUGACUAGAGCAUAAAUAGAUUAAGAAGUCCAAUAAAUAAAAAGGUUGAAGAAUGAAUAAAAGAACAAAAUUCAACAUACUGUGACAAAAACAUAUCUUAAAAAUAAAGAUAAUGCAAACAAAUAGCUUGGACAAAAUUUAUUAUGCAUCAGGCAGUUUCCCCCAAAACCUUGUGUUGCAAUCAUGAUUCAAAAAUCAUUACUUUUCCACCAAAUGAUGGCAUACUUUUCUGAUUUAUUUAUAAAGAUUAAGCUGAACCCAAGUUAAAUUUAGCUGCAGUCAUGGAUACUGUAGGAUAUGAAUUUAUGCCUAGGACUAACCCAAGAACCUAAGAAGCGUUUUGAGAAUGGCCUAUAUAUAGAAUAGUUGGUUGAACAGUGCCUUCAUUUAGAAUCCGUCCUGAUAGUAUUCUUGCUUCCUUCCUUCCCAAAUCCCUGGUGCCUCCUUCUUCCAUUUUCUUCCUUCUCCCCAGUUUCACUUUGAGUAGUAAUUAAAUGGUACUAGUUUGAAUCUCUUUUAUUUUUAUUAUUCUGUAUCCUCUGAUCAAGAUUUAGAAGACCUGGAGAGAGGGUUAAAGAGGAUAUUUAUGAGAGACUUCCUAAAGUGAAUUCAGAACUAGACUUAAGGCUUUUAAACACCCUGGCAUGAUUAGAAAAUUGUUUUGCUCCCUUGUUGUUUGAAACUUCAGUAUAACAGACAACUUAACACAAAAUAAAUUCUUUUAUUCCAAGGAGAAUAGAUUUUUUAAAUUUACAAAUUAUGCAUUAAGAACACAUUAAAAAGUAUUUCUCAUUAUAUUCCUUGCCUGUUUCUAGCUGGGCUCCAGGUGGAAUUAACUAAACUAUUUCAGAAAGAAGAGAAAAGCUAUGGUAGUGGUUGUUAGAGGCUGGGAUUGCAGGGAGAAGCAGUUUGUCCGAAGAAAGUAGUUGGAAAGAAGAAUGUGUGUAUAAAAGAAAAAAAUGUUAGUUUUACAAUAGCUUACAAUAUGACACUUUGAAGACUUGCAAAGCAUUUUCCUAAUAGCAACUCUAUGUGAUAUGGAUAGUGAAAUAGUAUGAUCCCCAUUUUACAGAUGAGAAGACUCAAGCCAAGAGACAUUACAAUAAUUUGCAUAGUGUCAUAUGAAAUGUCUUAGCUGGUAACUAAGUCCAAGUCUCCUGUCACUGAGUCCAUUGCUACCUCUGUAACUUCAUAUUGCUUCUGGUAUUGGAGUUAAUGAUGCUUUUGGCUAAAGGAGUUAGAAGAUACGGAUUUGAAUUCUGGCUCUUUAUACUCCUGAGCUUUGCUUUUCAGAUCCUAGUUUCCUGUUGGGUAAAAAAGAGGGGGUUGAGCUAGUUGAUGGCUUAAAUAUCUAUCCAGCUCUAGAAUAUUAUAAUUCUGUGAAAUUAUAAGAUCUCUUUACUACAUUUGUUCUCAGGUAGCAUACGUUGACUGUUACAAUUUAGAUACUUACUGUCAAUGGUAGGGGAGGAGCUGUGAAGGGAAAAAAGAUGGAAUUUUGUCAGAGAAGGAAAAAAAUAUUAGGACUGAUUUUGGGUGCAAAAGAUAGAACAUAAAAUGUUAAGACUGGAAGAGACCUUUAGAAAUUUCUAGUCCAGUGUUUUUAUUUCUUAGAUGAGCAAAUUGAAGUCAGAGAACUGAAAUGUCUAGCCUAGUGUUAUAUAGCUACAUAGUGGCAGAGUGGACUCUAGAACCUAUAGAGUUUUUGACUUUUGAUACUGUAUCCUCUUUCUACUGUAACACAUUGUAGUUACAUUAGAAAUUAGAAAAUCUUUCUUCCAUUUUCUCUCCACCUUCAGUCUGUUUUAAGCCAAGGAGAGAUGCUUAUCAGGGUUGCUAGAUGAUUUUUGUACACCUAGAUUAGGGAAAAAGAAGCAUUGAAUUGAAAUUUUGCUUAUUACCCAGUUCUAGCAAGGAUAAAGGUCUUUGAAAGUGCCUGGUGAUCACCUUUAAAAUCUCUGUAAAAGUUUCUCUCUAUCCUUAUCUUUCUCUACUUACACCUGCUUUUCCUUAAGCAUCAGAAUUGAUAAAAUAAUAAUAAAAUAAAAUAAAAUUGAUGUAAAAUAAUUUUUAAAAAAUUAUGAAGGGGAAAGUGAGCAAAUAUUUAUUACAUAUUUUACAUAUAUUAUCUCAUUUGAUCUUCCCAACAACUUGGGAAGGGAGGUACUAUUAUUGCUCCCAUUUUAUAGUUGAGGAACCUGAGGCAGACAGGUUAAGUGACUUGCCUAGAGUCACAUAGUAAGUGAAUGAUAUUGGAUUUGAACUCUGGACUUCUGGACUUUACACCCAAUACUGUAUCCAGUGUGCCACUGAGCUGCUUAAUUACACUUGUCCUUUUUUCUCCUGUUAUUCACUUCAAAUGUAUAACAUUUCAAAUUUAUUCAUUAUAUAUUUACUAAAUAUCUAUUGAGUGCAAGGAACUGUGUUUAGGACUUGGACUAUGAAAAUGAAAAAAUAAUCAUAGUUCUGGCUUACAAGGAGGUGAAACACAUACACAAAUUACUGUAAUACAGGUGAGAAUAUUUUUAUAAAGGAAAUAUUUAAAAGUUAUCUGAGAGAUUUCAGGAGCAAGGAAUCAUAGAAUACUUUUACCUUUAGGGUAGCAGGGAAAGCAUCAUGGAGAAUAUGCCAUGGAAAUUUAUAGGGUGUAAGGGUGAGGGGAAAAAAGUCCCAUUGGAGAUAGAGGUCAAUGUGUAUAAAAGUCCAGAGAUGGAAUUGGGGAGGGGGAGACUGGAGAAGAGCUAGUAGUUAAUUUAUUAUUUAUUUGUUUUUAUAAGAUUUUUAAAAUUUGUUUUUAUAAGAUUUCUUCCUCUGUACAGAUACGUUUUCCUUUGUUCAUUAAUUUUUCAUCACUUUCUGGAAGGGGUCAAGUGGCAAGUUAAACUUUCAGUCCCCUGAAUAUGUAGUUUAUCAUCACAUCAAUCAGAGUUCUAAAAUAUUUCAGAAUUGUUUUUCUUUGUCAUUGUGUGAAUUAUUUUCCUAGUUUUGUUUACUUUGCUCUGUAUCAGUUCUUAGAGUUUCUGCCUAAUUUCCUUUGAAAUUAUCUAUUUCUAGUACAAUAAUUUUCUUUUACAGUCAUACUGAAUUUAUUUAGCCAUUUCAUAAUAGGUGGGUUCCCUUUUUGUUUCCAGAUUUGGGCUAUUAUAAAAAGAUCUAGCCAUGUAGUUUAAGUAGAACAGGCUAUAUGAAGGGAAAUAGUAAAACAUGGCUCGAAAAGUAAUUUGAAACAAGAUUGUUGGAGGACUUUGAAUCCCAGUCUAUGCAAUGUGUAUUUUAUUCACAGGCAGUGGGGAAACCCUAAAGUUUUUCAAAUUUUAUUACAACUCUGCAUUAAGAAACAAGGGAUUGGGCAGCUAGGUUGCUCAGUGGAUUGAGAGCUAUGCCUAGAGAUGGGAAGUCCUAGUUUCAACUGUGGCCUCAGAUACUUACUAGCUCUGUGAACCUGGGAAAGUCCUAGUUGUUUAGCCCUUACUGCUCUUCUGUGUUGGAACCAAUACAUGAUACUGAUUCUAAGAUGGAAGAUAAGGGUUUAAAAAAAAAAGAAGUAAGGAUAAUAAUGUGAAAAGACUUGAGCAAGAAGAUUAAUUUUUUUUGGUAGAGGUAUAGAUGAUUUGAGUGAGAAGAGGAAAAAUUUUUUUUCACAUGGAGUUUACAGUCUUUUUAUGUUUUUUUUUUCUUAACAGAAUUUAUUUUCUUGUAUCUCAGCUUCUUUCUCCCCUCCUCACAUCAUAGUAUUCUUUAUUCAGCAAGCAGAUCUGUACAUUAGGUUAUGUCUUUCCUAUUUCCAUUUUUCAUCUGGAUGUGAACAUUCACAAGCCAUUCUUCAAAUAUUAAAUGUGUAGUUGUAUAUAGUGUUCUUUUGGUUCUACUCAUUUCACUCUUCAUUAUCUUAUGUAGUUCUCUCCAAAUUAAAAAAAAUUAAUUUGCUCGUCAUUUCUUAUGAUGCAGUAGUAUUCCAUCAUCUACAUAUACUAUAAUUUGUUUAGCCAUUCCCUUAUUGAUGGACAUUCCAUCAAUUUCCAGAUAUGUGCUACCACAAAGUGAGCUGCUAUAAAUAUUUUGGAAUAUAUAGGUUCUUUUCCUUUUUUCCCUGAUCUUCUUGGGAAAUAGACCCAGCAAAACUAUACAUACAUAGUUUUAUAGCUCUCUGGGCUUAAUUCCAAAUUGCUCUCUAUAAUGUUGGAUCAGUUUCACCAAAUGUGUAUUAGUGUCCCCACUUUUCCACAUCCCCUCCAACAUUUGUCAUUUUGCCCCUUUGUCAAAUUAACCUAUCUGAUGGGUGUGAGAUUAUUCCUCAGAAUUGUUUUGGUUUGCUUUUCUCUAAUUUAGCAAAUUAGAACUUUUUUUUGGUAUACCUAUAUAUAGUUUUGAUUUCUUCAUCCAAAAACUGACUCUUCAUAUCUUUUGCAUAUUUAUCAGUUGGAAGAUGACCCUUAGUCCCAUAAAUUUGACAACGUUCUUUAUAUAUAUUUAGAUAUACCUCCUCUAUCAGAGAGGCUGUUCAUGAAAAAUUGUCCCCAAUUUUCUGCUUUCUUUCCAAUCUUGGCAACACUUGUUUUAUUUGUACAAAAGCUUUUUAAUUUAGUAUACUCCAAAUUAUCCAUUUUACAUCUCACAAUGCUCUCCAUCUUUUGUUUACUCAUAAAUUCCUCUCCUGUGCUUAAAUCUGAUAGAUAGUUUCCUGUUCUGAUUUGCUUAUGCUAUAUCCUUUUAUGCCUAGAUCUUGUAUCCAUUUUGAUAUUACAUUAAUGAGUGAUGUAAGAUAAAGGUCUGUACCUAAUUUCUGCCAAACUUCUUUCCAGUUGUCCCAGCAAUUUUUACCAAAUAGUGAUUUCUUAUUCCAAUAUCCUGGAUCUAUACUUUUGUGAAAUUCAAGGUUAGUAUAAUCUUUUUCUACUGUUUGUGGGUAUGUCUGUUCUGUGCCACUAAUCUACUCUUCUAUUUUAGUCAAUGCCAAGUAGUUUUGAUAAUUAUUGUUUUAUAAUACAGUUUAAAAUCCAGUGCUACUAAACACCUUUCUUUACUUUUUUUGUCAUGUCUUACGACAUAAUUUUUAUUACUUUUUCUGGCUCAAAUUGAGUGGGAAGGCAUUGAAUAAGAAGAUUAAGUAGGACUGUCAUUUUAAUCAUAUUAGUUCUGCCUACCCAUAAACAAUUAGUAUUUCUCCAGUUAUUUAGAUCUGACUUGAUUUGUGUAAAGAAUGUUUUAUUAUUACUGGGUUUGUUUUGGCCAAUAUACUCCCAGAUAUUUGAUUCUAUCUGUGGUUAUUUAAAAUGGAAUAGCUCUUUUUAUCUCUUCUUGCAAGAAUUUGUUAGUAAUAUGUGAAAAUGCUGAUGAUUUAUGGGGGUUUAUUUUAUAUCCUGCAACUUUACUAAAAUUAUUGAUAGUUUCAGCUAACUUUUUAGUUGAAUCUCUGUGAAGAACAGUGUUAUUAUUUGAAAUGUAACUUAAUUAGUAUUUUGUUCCACAUUCAGAACAUUUUCAUUUCAUUAGGAUGAGUGCGUAUGAUAUAUGCUAUCCACCAAUGCUUCAUAGUUUGGUACAGAGUUUCAUAAAUUACUGUUGUACAACCAAACCAAAUGAAACAACUCCCCUCUCCAGACCACUAUUUAUCUGGUGGCUAGAUUUUGGUGUUAAGCUCCCAUGCACUUAGCUAGACUGAUUCAUGGAAAUACAUAAUAUACCUAUGAAUCUUUGCUCAAAGUCUUUACUUCUUGAUCAGGACCUACCAGAGUUUGCUGUUCAGUGGGGAUAGCUUUUAAAAAUUAUAGUCUACUUCAUACCUUAUUGAUAAAGUUUGGAUUUUCCUUACUAAUGAUAAAUCAUGGAAUCUACUCUGAAUCUCUGUACUGUAAUUUCUAAAAAAAUUGUUGUGCCUAAAUUCACACUGCUUUACUGGGACCUUGAAGGCAUUUGGAGGAAUUCUUUCUCUUCUCAGAUACAUAGAACUCAGUGAUUUUGGCUUAAAAAAUUCCACACCAGGAUAUUUAGUGAUGGCCAAAAAACCAUCAUGGGCAUUGCAAAUGGUUUGUGCAAAUGCUCCAAAAUGAUCUGCAGGGAGUAGUUUGAUACUACAGAUACUUGAACAGAUGCACAGGAAAGGAAGUGUCCAAUAAAGAUAAAAGAUAUCCAAGAAAUAAAAUAAUUAUUUUUACAGGGUGUUUAAUAGAAACUUAAUAACCUUCACUGACAGGUACUUAUUUUCAAGCUUAACACUUAAACAGAAAAUUAGGAAUUUGGGGACUCUGCCAGAGCUUGAGUCUAGUCUUUGGGAUAGUUCUUAUAUUUUGUUUAAAUCAUAAUGUGUUUUCAUUUAUGUUACACAAAAACUAAAGUGAUUUUCUUGCAUUCGGUAUAAGGAAUUCUCCAUCAUGAUGUAUGUUCAUUUAUACUAUACAGAAACCAAAGUAGCUUUUCUUGCAUUUCAACACACAGUAGAAAUUAUAUCCUAGAUAGCUGUUUUUAUUUCAGGAAGAAUUUCUCCCAGUCUUGGUUUGGAAUGUGUCAUUUUAGAGGUAAUCAAGAAUGUAGCUGCACCAGAAUUAAACUGCAAUCAUUUUGUAUAAUAUGACUGUAUCUCUUAAGAAGAAUCAAUUUUUCUCAGUUUAAAACCAUGUGAGUUUGUGUUAGAUGUUAAAAUACUAGAAACUUCUAUAGGGUACUGUUUUUGUUUUUGUUUUUGUGAUUUCUCAAAGGCAGAAUUUAAUUGGAACCCUGAAUUUGUGGGCAAAGCUAUUCCAUACCAUAUCAGCUCAGAUGAUUAUUGUCUAUAACUUUCUAAAUCAUACAGAUUUUCCUCUGAUUAAAAAAAAUUUUUUUUGUGGAAAAUAAUGCAACCUUUAAGUUGUCCAUUUAUUUGUUAUUUUCCCUUUCCCUCAUUCCAGGUGCCAAUUAUGCACCCAGUGAAUGAGAGAAACAGAUAUAGUUGAAUUAAAAAAAAAAAAAGAUUUGCAUUCUGUCUUAGAAUUGAUGUGUGAAGUAUUGAUUACAAGGCAGAAGAAUAGUAAGGGCUAGACAAUGGGAUUAAGUGACUUCUCCAGGGUCACCUGCUCUCUGGGGAAUAUCUGAGGUAAAAUUUGAACCCAGGUCCUCCUAUUUCUAGGCUUGUCUCUAACCACUGAGUAGUCAAGUUCUCCCCCCUCCCCCCAAUAAAUUUUAAAUUGCAGCUAUUACCUGCUGAAUAAGAAAAAGAAUCAAACCCAUAAGAACCAGAAAAUGGUCUUGCUCAUGUUUAGGAGGGAAAACCCACAACUGUUUGAAUCUCUGCUUCUAGAUCAUAUAAUUGCUUUUGCCAUAGUAGCUAUUACUGCAGACAAACUGAAGGUUUAAUUACUAGAUUGGUGGUUUCCUUCAGCAGUAUACAAAUAGGAAAAACACCACCACAGAAGUUAAUUAAACAAACUCUCCUACUUUAACUUACUCCCUCUCUUAUUCUCCAAACGUUGCAUGUCAUGCCCCCCUUUUAAGUUGUUCAAUUAGAAUGUUGUUGGGUAUUGAUGGUGUCAGAUUUUUGUUCUGUAAAGUUAAGUGGUCAUAAAAUACUUGAAAACUCCUGCUACUCUUAAAAGACGGUCUCUUGGAAGCAAUAGCUGGAUUCUUUGCAUAAUUUAGAGAUAUAUUGACAGCCAUUUUCUGGAAAAAUAUAUGUAGCUUUAGGAAUUUAUUUUUUUGAAAACCUAUUUGAAAACUUAUUGGCUGCCAUUUUGUUUUCCCAUAUAUCAAGUUGUUGCUUUAACCUAUUAUAGGUUAAUAUGGUAUAGUGUACCAAAUUUGAUCAAAACCAGUUAGUUCUUUUAAAGUUUGCAUUGGGUUAGUAAACAGAAUGAAAAAUGAUAACUAGUAAGUUUUGCUUAGAUUUGAAAGAAAGCUCUCAUGUCUUAAGUCAAGAAUUGGUUAGGAAUAUAUGUCUUUUUCAGCCCUUCUCUUCAUGAUAUUAGACUUAGACUUUAACUAUUUUUAAGUACUCUACUGCUCUAGUUAGGCACAUUGUCUGUGUUUUUAAUAGUCAUUCCCUGCUUUAAGUAAAAUUCAUGAAUAUCUGGAGUAACCAGACAGAUUAAGAGGUAGGAUUAUUCACUUCACUAAGGAAUUAUUUUCUUUAUAAAAGAACCACAUGUUUUUGCUGAAAGCCUUCUAUAGGCUUUUAAAAUGAGUUCCUUUAUAUAAAGUAAAACAGAAGCAUAACUUUCCAGUAUUAUACUUAUUGUGUGAAGCAAACAUUGUAUGAACUAUUCAUCCUUGAUGAAGAAGAAGAGUAGUAGUAGUAGUCUCUCGGUAACCAAGGAUGACGAUUGUCUUUGUGUGCUUUCAUCUAUGAUAGAUGAGUGUGCACAAAGACACUUGUGCGUGAAGGAGAUUUAAGUGGAAAAGUCGAUGCACAGAGACAGUCCCACUCUCUCGGCGUUGGAAGCCUGGGUCCAGUGGCACGAAAAGUCGUUACACCUGGAGACUUCCUCAGCUGCAUUGGAUGGCCGUGUUGUCUUUUGUGCUCCAACAUGCCCUGAGCACUCCACAGUGCUUUGCUGCGUCGCCCUCUCAGCCGUUGAACCUUCUUAUUGGUUUCUUCCGUCUCUUUGGCUGAAGCAGUCUUCACAUGCUGGGUGAGCAAAGCCCUGGUUCACCAGAGGUCGAUGACCCAAUGGUUACCCUCACAAGGUUUAGCUGACCUGUCGAAGCCGUUGCCGGGGUGUGGCUGCUGCCGCAUGCUAGCAGCUACUAGGAGCCACAAGUGAGAGCUAGGUGUCAGGUGGGGGUCAGAGGCUGGAGAGCUGCCCUAAGAGGGCACGACAAGCCCUCCAUACCAGAGAUACUACCCCUCCCUGAAUACCCCAUACACCCUUGAAGAGUACCAUGAACAAAAGCUCACAAGUGGGAAUGAGAAGGAUAAUUUACUUGGUGGGGAAGAAGAGUACAAAAAGUAUCUGUUGAGACAUUCCAUAUUAUCCUAAUUCAUUCAUCUUCAAUCACAAAUACCUCCUGUUCUAGAGAAACUUUUCUACAUUAUUCUCUGGUUGGUGAUAACCUUUUUUUCUUUGACUUUGCAUAGCAUUUUGUUUUAUACUUCCUUAAAACAUCAUAUGUUGGUGUUUGUAUCUUAUCCACUGAUAGAGUAUGACCUCCAUGGGGGCAGGGGAUCAUGUCUUUUCUAAAUUUUGUAUCUCCGAAGUCCCUAGAACAGUGCUUUCCCACAAUACUUAAUACAUAUUUGUUAAACUGAAAUAUUUAAAGAUAAUACUGGUUUAAAUUUUUUUUAAAUAUUGCUUUUGUCACAUUUAUUUAACAUUUCAAACUUCUUAGUAUGGUUUAUACUUACUUGAUUUAUCAGGUUGUAAAUCCUGUACAUUUCCCACUGUACCAUUCUGCUUCUGAUGGUUUUUGAGUAAAAGGGAAGGAGAUUGAAUAUACUUACUGGACUACUUAGAAAAAAGGACUGAAUUUCCCCUUAAAGAAAUCAUGUCCUCAGGAGGAGCUGAAGAUGAUAUCCCACAGGGAGAGAGAAAAACAGUCACUGAUUUUUGUUACCUACUGGAUAAAUCUAAGCAGCUGUUCAAUGGGUUAAGAGAUUUGCCACAGUAUGGACAAAAGCAGUGGCAGUCCUAUUUUGGGAGAACUUUUGAUGUCUAUACCAAACUUUGGAAGUUCCAACAGCAACAUCGUCAAGUCUUGGAUAAUCGGUAUGGCUUGAAGCGAUGGCAAAUAGGGGAAAUUGCUUCCAAGAUUGGGCAGCUUUACUACCAUUAUUACCUGCGUACAUCUGAGACCAGUUAUCUGAAUGAGGCCUUUUCCUUCUACUCUGCAAUCAGACAGAGAUCUUAUUACUCUCAAGUCAGUAAAGAGGACAGACCUGAGUUGGUGGUUAAGAAGCUACGGUACUAUGCAAGAUUUAUAGUGGUUUGCCUUCUCCUCAAUAAAAUGGAUGUUGUGAAGGAUCUGGUCAAGGAACUAUCUGAUGAAAUUGAAGAUUACACCCAUCGCUUUAAUACUGAAGAUCAGGUGGAGUGGAACCUGGUACUUCAGGAGGUUGCAGCUUUUAUCGAGGCAGAUCCAGUCAUGGUUUUAAAUGAUGACAAUACCAUUGUUAUCACAUCUAACCGACUGGCUGAAGCAGGGGCCCCCUUGUUGGAGCAGGGGAUGAUUGUAGGACAGUUGACUCUGGCUGAUGCACUCAUUAUUGGCAACUGUAAUAAUCAGGUGAAGUUCAGCGAACUAACUGUUGACAUGUUCCGGAUGUUGCAGGCCUUAGAACGAGAGCCAAUGAAUUUAGCUUCCCAGAUGACCAAACCUGGAAUGCAGGAAUCCGCUGACAAGCCUGCCCGACGAGAAAAUCCUCAUAAAUAUCUUCUCUAUAAACCAACUUUUAGCCAGCUGUAUACAUUUUUAGCAGCUUCUUUUAAGGAGCUGCCAGCCAACAGUGUGCUCCUGAUUUACCUUUCAGCUACUGGAGUUUUCCCCACAGGUCGUUCUGAUAGUGAAGGCCCGUACGAUUUUGGAGGCGUCCUCACCAACAGUAAUCGAGAUAUCAUAAAUGGAGAUGCCAUCCACAAACGCAAUCAGACCCAUAAAGAAAUGCACUGCCUUCAUCCUGGAGAUCUCUACCCUUUUACCAGAAAACCCCUGUUUAUCAUUGUUGAUUCAUCCAAUAGUGUUGCUUAUAAGAACUUCACCAACUUAUUUGGACAACCUCUGGUCUGCUUACUUUCUCCAACAACAUAUCCUAAAGCACUACAAGAUCAGUCUCAACGUGGCAGCCUCUUCACUCUCUUUUUGAACAAUCCUUUAAUGGCCUUUCUGUUUGUCUCUGGAUUGUCAAGCAUGCGUAGAGGUCUGUGGGAAAAAUGUCAAGAAUAUCUUCGAAAAAUCAACCGAGAUAUUGCCCAGCUGCUGACCCACUCACGUUCUAUAGAUCAGGCUUUUCUCCAGUUUUUUGGGGAUGAAUUUCUUCGCUUGCUUCUCACCAGAUUUGUCUUCUGUUCAGCUACUAUGAGGAUGCACAAGAUUUUUCGGCAGGAAACCCGAAAUUAUCCAGAAACAUAUCCACAGCUGCCAAGGGAUGAAACAGUUGAAAACCCUCAUCUUCAGAAGCACAUUUUGGAGUUGGCGUCCAUCCUGGAUGUACGAAAUGUGUUCUUUGAAAAUACUAUAGAUGACUAUUAAUUGAACUCUUGUUGAAACUGUGUUUCAUUAGCCACAGAUUUUAAAUGGUGCAGUUUUUUAAUGUGAUGAUACAUAGUGGCAUUAAAUUUUUAUUUUUAAAUUUAGGACCAUCAUUUUUCAAGCAACUCAAAAUAAUAUUCUUCUGACAGAUAGGGUAAUUUUUGUAAUCCAAUCUUUGCAAUCUUUUAAAAGCUAGAAUAACCCUGAAAGUUUUUGUUGUUAUUGUUGUCAUUGUUGUUAUUUAGGGGUUGAAGAGUCCCAGCUCCAAAAACUGGUCCUAAAUUUAAACACAUAAUCAGUGACCACUCUCACCAGAGAAGAAUAAAUCAUUUAUUUUUGUAUGAUGAGAAAAAUCCAACCAUGAUAUUUUAUCCUGAAAAGUCUGGAUUUGGAAAAAUAUAGAAUUGUUCUCAAAGAUGAACCCAAUCAACUUAGACCAAUACUAGAAAAAAUUGGCUUCCUUCCACAAUACUUGUUUUCACUUAAUAUCAUUAGUUAAAGAGGAAAAAAAAAAGAAGCCAAUUCUUUGAAUUUGUUUCUUUUAAUCAUUCACUUUCUAAGUGUCAGAUUUUGAGAAUCCAUGGAGAGUGAUUUGCUGCUGAAUUUGAAUUUUUCUUGAAAAAUUGAGGUGAUACAUGUCAAUGUAUUAGAGUUAUACAUAUCUUGUUCUAUCACCACAUGUAUGAGUGUGUAUUUUAUUUUCCAACUCUUUCCAUAUUGCCAGUCAUUUGAGAGCCACAUCUAAAAUACUUCAAUUGGAAAAACAAACCCUGUGUAGCAAAUGUCAAACUCUUUAAUUAGCAGGACCAAAUUCAUAAACUAGGUUUUUCAUUUGUGGCAUCCAGCCACAAGGGUGCAAGUACAAAAAGAUUAAUAUUUUAAUUAUGUUUUUGCCCAUCUCUAAAUCUAUAUACCUUCAAAGAUAGGGUUAUUGUUAAUUUGGGAGAUAGAGCAGAAAGGAGAAAAAUCUGAUAUGAGAAAAUUGUUUUGGUAUUUUCAAUGUUGGGUAUAUAUGAGACCUAUUGUGUCCAUAUAUUCUUUUUCUUUUGACUAAAGAUGGUUUGGCUUCCUUAUGUUUUCCUUUUCAUUUUUCUCUUGCAAUCUACAAGCAAGGAAUCUACCUUUUGUCCUCAUUCGAGUUGAAUGGAGCUGUCCUGUUGCAUUCUUUUGAUUCUAACAUAUUUUAAAGUCUGUAAUCAUAUGACAGAAAAUCCUUUAGUCAAAAUUCCAGUUAAUAUCAUUAUCUGAUUAGACCCACAUGCCAUCGCCCUCAGCCCAGAAAAAAACAAAUCAAAUGAUUACUUUUGUUACUUGUGCCCUAAAGAAAAAUUUCCAUUGAUUUUCUUCACCUUGUUUAUAUCCAGGCCAAAGUUUGUUUAUGUUAAUCUGUUUUAGGUUCCUCAGAUAUUAUUCUAAUUUGCUUGGUUUUUUGUGAAGUACUGAAGGAUUAAGUAAUACUUUUAAAGCCAUAGCAUUUUAAAAUGAACAGAGAUGAAUUAUUUUGAAGAAAGAAUUUAGUAUUUCAUGGAUUCUUCUUUCUUGGAUAAGAAUGGCUUUUUUCCCUUUUUUCAUUAGCUAAUUCCAUUUUGUAAUGCUUUUCACUUGUCACUGUGAAACUAGAAACAGGAUGGCAUUGGUUCUUUGAACUUAAUUUAAUGAAAACAAACUUUUGAGACACAAAUGUCCUUUAGCACAUUUCCCAUAUUGGCAAGUUUGAAUGACAGCCUACUUAGAUUAUUAGACUCACAUCCAGGAACCUGGACUUCCAAGUCCAUGCCUUUGGUUAACUUUGUGGCAAAUCAUAAAAUCUGAUUUGAACCUCAAGUCUUUUAAUCCAACCCAUACUUGAGAAAGAAUUUUCACUACAACUUCCCCAACAAGAAGUGAUCUGAUCUUCACUCAAAGACAUCUGAUACCACUGAGUCAAGCGACUUCCUGAGACGACUCAUUCUACUUUUGUACUGCUCUUACUUUUAGAAAGUAUUCCUUUAUAUGACGCUUAAAUCUGCAUCUAUAACUUCCAUGUAAAGUUCCUAGUUAUGCCCUAUAGAGUUGGGCGAAACAAAACCAAACCAUUGAAGAUUAGCCAUCAAGUUGCCCUUUAAAAAGUCUUUUCUCCAAGCUAAACAUGACCAAGAUCCUUAUCUGGUGUGGUCCAAUACCCCCUCAUCAUUGCAGUUGCCCUCCUCUAACUGUACUCCAAUUUCUCAAUAUCCUUCAUGAAAUGUGGUUUCAAUACAUGACAAGGGCAGAAAACAUCAUUCUGUAUACUCUGCUUUUUUAAUGCAAGCCAGAGAUUGUAUUUUUUUUUUGGUUGCCAUUUCAUGCUGUUCACUCUUUAGUCCCUUCUCCCUGGCCUUAGUUUCCUCAUCUUUAAAAUGAGUAGUUGGACAACAUGUUCCUUGAGGUCUCUUCUAAUGAUAUAAUUCUAAGGCAUUAAUUACUCAUUUCAAAAGAGAUUGAUUUCCUAGGCAAAUAUUUGUAAUUUAAAUGCCUACAUACUACCUUUCAUGCUCUAGAAGUCGUCCAAGCCCCUGUUGCACUAGAAAUCUUGGGACAGGGUCAAUAAUCAAGCAAUAAGGACUGCUUCAUCUAGGCAUGUUUGUUCCAACAAAAACUGAGGCACAAUUUUGCUCUGUAGUUUAGAGUAGACUUUGCUUCUUUGUAACAGUUGUGUUUUCUCUUGGUAAUGGUUAAUCUCUAAUGAAUCUUGAAAGGAAUCUUGAAAAGAAUAGAAACAUACUAGAAACUAUAAUAUCAGGGCUCUACAAAACUAAUUUCAAGCACAAUGGUUUUGUUACUACUAAUUUUAAUAAUAAUUAUAGUAAUAAUGAUAUUUGUAUAGUGUUUUCAAUUAAUUUGUAAUCACAUUUUUUUAUCCUUAUAACUCUGAGGCAAAUAAAUAUGUAUUAUUCCUAUUUUCCAAGUAAAGAAACUGGGCCCCAGAGGUUUACUCACUCACUUAAAAUAAAAAAUGUGGUUAGUGAUAGAGCUGGGUCCAAAGCCUAGGUUAUCCUAACUAUCACCCCAGCAUUUUGUCCACUAGACCACACACUUCUAUAGUGUAUAUUUGAAAAGGCUUUUUAUUUUUAGCUUUGGAACAUGUGAAAUCUGUAUCUGUAGAUAAAAUGAAGGUUGUUUGUUGUUGUUUUUUUGUCAAAUUGCACAAAACAUGAUCUUAUUCAAAAACAGUUCUGAAAUUAAGAAAUUGAAGAUUCAGCAUAUGUGGGGUUUUUUUUAGAUUUAAGAUUAAAAUUAUAUACAUAAAAUAGCAUAGAUUUUAUUUUUAGCAGGGCUAUGUUCCUUCUUGACGUGUAUUUCCUAAAAGGAAGGGGUACUUGAAAGAACUUGAAAUUAAGAAUUGAAAAAGCACAGUACAUGGUGACCUUUUUGUACCUUCCAUAAGUUUUACCAAACAGAAGCAUUUAAAGACUAAAUAUAAAGUACCACAUGGUCCUGAAUUCCAACUACUUUUUCUCACAGGAUUCAGUUCUCAUUUUCUUCUGUUUUAAUUCCCUGAAAUAGUUAAAAAUUAUACUUUAUUUGUAUGGCACUGAUAGAAGGAACACAUCUGGUUUGCAGUAGGUCCUAUGAAUAAAUCAGUAAUGGAACUUUCUCAACCAUUUCCCUCCUGUUAGUUGUGCCCUGUUUACUAUGAGUUGGUUAUUUUCUGUCUGGUUGAUUGCCCUGGGAGAGUUGGUUAAAUUGUGUUGACAAUUCUUUGUGGGAAAAUGGACACCAAAGUUGCACAUAGCCUACACUGAUCAGAAUGAAACGUGUUCCAUUCAAUUCAACAGACAUUUUUAAAUGCCUCCUCUUUGUAGCCCCAUUCAGUUCCAGGAUUUGAAAGCAUAGUGAAGGCAGAAACAGUAAUAGCUGGAGAUAUACGGCAUUUCUCUUGAGUUGGUGCCUAUCAGUGCUGCAGCAACAGAUUUAGGGUGAACUAGAGUCAUUUUGGCUUUAAUAUGAAUGACACUAGGGCUUUCCUUAUUAGUUGGGUAUGGCAUGUUGGGUGUGUGUAUGUGUGUGUGUGUAUGUGUGUGCGUGUGUGCACAUUAAUGUGUUGGGAAAGUAAGCAGUGUCCUUUUGAGGGAUGGUGGUUCUAUAGUUGCCUUUAUUUAUUUUAAAUGCUUUUUCUUGUAAUGGUAUAUACGUAUAUAUUUUUGUGAUGCUUGAUGCUAUCUGUGUGUGUACAUGUAUGUAUGUAUAUGUGUAUAUAUUUGUAAAUACAUUAGGAUGAAAUGAUAUGGUAUGUGUAUAUUAUAUACAACAUGGCUAUUUUGGCAUGAAUUUAUUUUCGUUCAUUGAGGACAUCAGAAUGGCAUCGUUCAUGCUGUUCUCAUAGAGGCUAUGGCUGUAUCCCUUUCAAGAGCCUCUAUUUUGAGGGGCUUGUGUUUGGGCAAUAAUUUGGGAAUUAAAAUUAGAACCUGACAAUCUCAGCAAGAGAGCCAGUCUUUCACAGUUUGGGAAAUCAUUAGAAAUUCUCCUUUACGUUUUUGAUAAAUCUGGGUUUGUGAAAUGCAAACCCACAUCAUAAGAGGGUCACUUGCUGGUACUGUAUUAGUCUCUUAUUUCUUGAUCUGAAGUAGGGUAUCACUUUGUACUUAGUAGGUUACUGAUUAGGGUCUAAUUAUGGGAGUGUAGAUAAAAUUUGAUUUCAUCAUAAACCAAGAUGAAUAGACGGAUAUGAAAGGUCCUUUAAAAAAAGGAGGAGGAAUUAUUUCCCAACUGUACUAAAACCUGAUAAUGGAUUUAAUUUUUUUUCUUCAUUUCUGUGAUUGCUUUUUACCUGUGCAUGUCUUUGUGAGGCAGGGAAAAAGAGCAUUUGCUAUCUUCAGGCUUCUGCUCUCAAUUGAGGUAGCUCUAGGGAAAAAAGUACUUAAAGUAGGUGAGCUGUAAUUUCACCAGUUUCUGCUUGUUAUGAAGCAGUGUGUUUGCUAACUCUUUUAUACCAGUAGCAGUUGGGUGUGCCCAUCUUGACAUUUUUCAUGCUACAUCCUUUUGAUUGGAGCAAAAAUAGAAACUGAGUACCAAUUUUAAUUGGUGUUAAAAGGUGUGUAGGUGAAACCAAUGCCAGUCUCCAGUGACUGGAAAGCAUCAGUAUAAAAGUUGAUUUUUCUGUGAAACCAUUUAAUAACCUUCUUUUGGAUAAGAAGCUGAGUUGAAACAGGGUCCCCCUAGUGUUAGGUAUGUGGUAUCCUUUGUACUGCAGUUGAUAACCAUCAGGAACUGAAGAGAAAAAAAGUAGGCAGAAGGACCAUCCACACUGUGAAAAAACAGGACUCCAAUAACAAUGAAUGACUUUGUGAGCUGUACCCCAUUUUAGUCCUUGAAAUAUAAUUAGGCACACAGUGCUGAAUUAUUUGGAAGGUACCAUCUUUAGAUAGCAUGUAUAUUUGCAUGGAAUAGUUCAAGAAAUGUUCAAUAUUUGUUUUGCAUUUAGGGUGCUUUCACUGCAGAAAUUAAAUUAGUCAUAAUUAAAAAAAAUAAAACAUGAAUUAACUCCCUUUUCUUGAUUGAAAUAAAAUUUGUUACCCAAAAGACCUUGAUUUUUUUUUUGCUGUACUAACAAAACAGCCAAAAUUUUUUUUUAAAUUCAGUUGUAGAAUAUAAUUGAAAGUGAAGAUUCAAAUACUUAGCAGUUUUUUUGUCUUUAAUUAAGGAAUUUUAGUGUUUGACAUACCUGAAAAUUUGUACAGGGGUCAAUAGUGUUUGAUUCACAUUUUGUUUCUGUAAAAAAGCAAGUCAUUGCAAUUGGAUACCCAAAAAGUAGAUGUUAUUUUACUUAGCGUCAUGGAAAUUAUCCACAUAAGUAUGGAUUUUAGUUUGCGGGUAGCAGCUAUAAAAAAUAUUGGGUAGAUAAUGAAAUAUUCCUUGGCCCAAAAGUUAUAAGGCCAAUUCUUAUUUUUUGCAUUUAACAGAACACAAUUUGAAAUCUAUACCCUGGAAAAACAAGUCUUUUCUAUCUUAUUAUAGUUUUCUGUACUUUUAUAAAUUGGUACUUUGUACAUGUGGGUGCUAUGUCCCCAAUUUCUUCUCAGAUACUGGGGAAGGAAAUUAUUUCCUUUUCACCAGUUAUUCCUACAGUUGAGUUGAAAACCCAAAAAUCAUAGUGUUUCCUGGCUUCAUUGGGAUUUGUAUACAUAGAACUAUUUGAGGAUGUGGAAGGGAGUGUGUGAAUGAGUGUGUGUGUGUAAAUAAAAUCAGUCACCUACUGAGUAGCAAAGAAAAGAGCAAUGAGAAAAAAUAAAGGGAAAAUAUCUUUAGGGAAUUAAAAAUGUUUUAAAUUAAGUAGGACUGAUUUUCUGUAUUAUAAAAACAUUUUCUUUAAAAUGUAUAUAUGAAAUGUUUAUUAUUUUGUUAUGAUUAUUUUUCACUUAAUUGUUGUGUGGUACUGAAUUUAUUAGUUUUCCAUUUCUACUUGAUAAUGUUACCUGAACACUUGAUUGAAAUAUCAUUUUAAAAUUCCAUAUAUUUCUUUUGUUAUUUUAUCAGUUUGAUAAGUAAUGAUAUUUUAAACCUAAGAAGUUUGCAUAGUAGAUUCUGUUUUUCCUAUUGAUAUGAUUAUAUCAUAUCUGUUAUAAAUGCUAGAUACAGUUCUUCAAAGCUAUUUUUUGGUGCAUAGACUAAUUUUAAGUUGGGACUUUUUUUCUCCUUUUAUUGGACACAGCUGGUAAGUAUCCUAAGAUCAGUAACUGACCUUACAGAGAAAGAGUAAAAGAUAUUGGGGAUUUCAGGGUCUAAGCUCAUGAAUGAAAAUUUAUACUUAGGCCCCUUAAUAUAUUAUACCAUUUUCAAAGUGAGAUAGAAGUGAACAUAAGAAGAAAAAAUUGAAAUGUUGCUCCUAGAAGUUAGAUCUUAAAGUUAGUUUGUCACAUUAUUAUUUUGCAUUUUCUUUUAAGGCUAUUCUGAAUCCUCCUCUUUCCCAGUGUAUGAAAACUUAAGAAAUGCCAAUGUUAUGUUCUGUAUAUUUAAACCUUUUUAAGCAUAUUGCUAUAUAACAUGCCAGCAUUUUAAAAUGCAAGUUGAUAACCCCAGAGGAGAUAAUCUUGAGUAGAAAAGAUCAUUGUAUUAAAAUAAAUAAAUUCAUCCAGUGGAUCCUCUACCUCUUCUUCCUAAAGAGCACAUUAAAGGAAUUGCAGAAAGACAGCCUAUAAUAUCCUUUUAGGCUGUUUUAGGAAAAACAAUGGAAGCAAAAUCUGAGACAAGGAAGCAAGAAAGGAGGAUUUUUCUUUUUUCUUUUUCCUGAUUACAAAAUCUUUAUACUUUUCACUCUUGAUUAUAACAUCACUAAGUAGAAUUGUUUAUUUUAGAUGUAAUGUAAUAUUUUAGAACUCUCCCUGCCCUGGCUUUUUACACUGAUUUGAAUGUAAUGCCAUUUAUCAGUAAUCCAUUUUGAAGAGGAAGAAUAACUUACAUUUCUACCUGUAAUACUUCAAUAUUUAUGAAGCAUUUUCCUCACAACAAAUGAAAGAUGUAAGUAGUAUAGUUAUUAAACCCAUUUUCUAUAUGAGGAAACAGGAUCAGAGAUUUUGAAAGUUUUUAAGAGUUGAGAUAAAAAAGACAUUAGGUAAUCGAGAACAUAAGACUCUGAAAACAUUUUUUUUCCUUUUUUCACCAUUUAUUUCAGGAUUUUAAGUAACUUUUUUAGGGGAACUUUCUCAGUGCAGAUGACCAUAUGCCUAGAGCAAAGAGAGAUUUAACACCUUUCCCAAGGUUACUCAAAAUAUAGAAGAGACAGGUCUUAAACCCAAAUAUUCCUCACUCUUGAGUCCAGCUCUAUUCUCCUUGCCAGGGCUUUCUCUAAAUUUUUACAUUUCUAUUGCAGAGGUAACAAGUGAAGCAAGUUGUCACAUAUACUUGGGUUAUCUUCCUUCAUUGUGGUGAUUGGGUCCAAUCAAUUGUCUAGAAGUUAAUAUUCUAACGAAACAGGGAUAGAUUCAACUAUUGAUUACAAUAAAUUCCAUCAUUGUUAAUUAUCCCUCAUAUUUGCAUGAUACUUUAUGGUUUUCAAACUAAUUUCACAUACAUCAGCUCAUUUGAACUUCAUAAAAACCCUAUUGAGGUGAAUAGGGCAGAUAUAUCCAUAUUUUUGAGAUAAGGAAACAGGUUCAGAGAUAAUUGUGACUUUGUCUAGAUCACAAAUAUUUAAAAAUGACAGAAAAGACUUGAAUAGUGGCCAUAUGACAAUAGGUUUAGUGUUCUUUACAAUACAGAGCCUACAUGGAAUAAAUGAAUGAGAUUUUUCCUCAUUCACGUCAAACUGUCACUAAAGUGUCAUUAAGUUCAAGUUAGAUGACUAAAAAUAUAGAUGCAUCUGUUUUCAUGGAAAUUAUUGUGAACUUUUUUUAACAUGUGGUUAUUAGGCAGUAAUCCACUUUUUUUGUUUAUAUACAUAAAAUUACAUUUGGGAUUGAUAACUUUAUUCCUAGUGAUAUAAAUGCCUUUUUUUUUUUUACUGUGGCAAAUACUUGUCUAUAACUGAAAUGAUAUUGAAUUGUGAAACAAGUUAUAAAGAUUAUACACCUGUAUAUCUUUUAGGAGCUCUCCAGAAGAGACUGAAGCACAAAAAUUUUACAUGUUUCAAUCCUUUUCUAAGUGCUACAAGUCUGUAGUACAUAUGAUGUAACUGUAAAUGUAAGAACCCUACUUAGCAUUCACAGUCUCUGUAAUCUUUGAUACAUUGUCUUGUUUGCCCAUUUGUGUUAAAAUUUAAGGGAUUAUGUGUUUUUAGAAAAAAUGACUUGAAAAACAAGCCCAUCAAUUUAGUCCUUUCAGGUGGCUGAUAUCUGAAUACAUUCAUUUCACAAUGUUGUCAGUAGAUUCAAUUUUGAGGGAAUAUUUGCAAUCAGUAGCUAAUUAAGAAAAUGUUGCUUUGUCAGUUCAUACAUUUGAUAUGAAAAUCAGAUACCUUACAUUUGUGAUAUUGUAUAGGCCUUGUCUAUUGAUGCAUCUGAAUUACUUAAGCCAUACCCUUAACAGAUGUUUCCAGUUCGUUUCAUCCCAUCACGUAAAAUUUUCAAGCUCUAGAGUCUGUUGCUAUUGCUAUUUCAUAGUCUACCCUUCACUCCUUUCACCUAUGUAUUUCAGUAAAUGAACUUACUUAAAAGUAAAACACUGUGAUUCUGCAGAACUCCUGGCAGCAGGACCAUGUCUUUCUUGGAUUUUGUUCUUUUUCAAAGCACCUAUCAUAUUCAGGAUGCUUGAAAAAAGCUAAGUAUCGUACUAUUUAUAUUGCAUUGAAUAACAAGAUUAUGGAGGGUUUGAUUUUUGCUGUCAGUGUACUAAAGCUAUUUUUCAUUAAUAAAUGUUCUCUAGGAAUGUGACUACCUUCAUCAUUUGUGAACUAUUGUACAUGAAUUUUGUAUCUGGAAUCCACACGUAUAUUAUGUGUACUAUCAAUAUAAAAAUAAACAUAUUUGCUUAAA